UAAUAAUCUCAAUAAGUUCAGUUGGGCAACACUAUCACUUUGGCAAUGUAAAAAGUUUCAGUCAUCGUAAGCCGACAUAAUGGCGGAAAAUCAAGAAACUUCUAAGAAAAUUAAUGUCACUGUUAAAACACCAAAAGAGAAACAAACAGUGGAAGUUGAGGAAGAUGCCGAAAUUAAAGACUUCAAAACUUUGGUUGCUCAGAAAUUCAACGCAGAACCUGAGCAAUUAUGUCUUAUUUUUGCGGGAAAGAUAAUGAAGGAUACUGAUACUUUGAAAGGUCACAAUAUUAAGGAUGGUCUUACUGUACAUUUAGUUAUCAAAACUCCUCCAAGGCCUGAGCCAGAAAGGGCAGCUCAGAGACCUCCAGCUGAUAUCAGUGCGACACCUUUUGGAUUAAAUUCACUAGGAGGUUUAGUUGGAUUAGAGUCAUUGGGUUUAGGUCAAGGUUCAUUCAUGGAUUUACAAGCACGGAUGCAAAAUGAACUCAUGACUAACCCCGAUAUGUUAAGAAAUGUUUUAGAUAAUCCACUUGUUCAGCAGUUGAUGAAUGAUCCUGAGAACAUGAGAACCUUAAUUACAUCUAAUCCUCAAAUGCAAGAUUUAAUGCAACGCAAUCCAGAGAUUUCUCACAUGCUCAACAAUCCUGAGUUGCUCCGUCAAACCAUGGAAUUAGCUCGAAAUCCAUCAAUGUUGCAAGAAUUGACUAGAUCUCAAGAUCGUGCUAUGUCAAAUCUUGAGAGUGCCCCAGGUGGCUAUAAUGCACUACAGAGAAUGUAUCGUGAUGUUCAGGAACCUUUACUAAAUGCUGCUACAGAGGGUUUGAGCCGACAUUCCUUUAGUAAUACUAACACAAGUAGUGGAGGUUCUGACAACAAUCCACAGCAAGGUACAGAAAAUCGAGCUCCUCUGCCAAAUCCUUGGGGCUCAAGUGAAGGAGGGGGAGGCAGUCAAGGAUCCAAUACGAAUACUGCACGCAGUCCUCUAUUGAAUCCACCAGGGUUGCAAAGUUUAAUGCAACAAAUGGCAGAAAAUCCUCAAAUGAUGCAAUCAAUGUUGAAUGCGCCAUACAUGCGUACUUUAAUGGAAGCUUUGUCACGUGAUCCGGCUAUGGCUUCUAAUUUAUUGGGUCAGAGCCCUUUGCUAGCUGGUAAUCCACAAUUGCAGCAGCAGAUGUCUGGAAUGAUGCCACAAUUAUUGCAGCAAAUGCAAAAUCCUGAGGUCCAGAGCAUGAUGUCUAACCCCCAAGCCUUAAAUGCGAUAAUGCAGAUUCAACAAGGAAUGGAGCAACUAAAUGCUGUAGCCCCUGGUUUAAUGAGUGGAUUAGGAACACGCCCUCCUACAGAAACCGGAACCACAACACCACUUCCUACAACAGGCUCGGCAACUUCUACACCAGGUCAGGGAGCUCCUAAUUCAGAUGUCUUUUCCCAAUUUAUGUCUCGUAUGAUGGGAUCAAUGGCAUCAGGCAAUAAUCCUGAUAUACCACCGGAAGAACGAUAUAGCUCACAAUUGGAACAACUAUCAGCUAUGGGAUUUGUUAACAGGGAAGCUAAUUUACAAGCUCUCGUUGCCACUUUUGGAGAUAUAAAUGCAGCAGUUGAACGACUCUUGGCUUUGGGACAACUGUCCAUGAGCUAACAAUCCGAACUCUGUAAAAAAAUUAAUUACAAGUAUUUUGUAACAUGAUCUUAUUUGAUUGUUCUUGGGAACACAUUAUUUUGUUAGUAUAUAAAACUGCAUGUCAUAUUUUUUCAAUAUUAAUUGGUUUGUUUGGUUAUAAGUUGUAAUGUUUAUCAUGUUACAAAAUCUAUAUAAACUAAACUGGAUAAUAUUGGUUAAUUUGACGUUAAGUUAUAUAAAUGUUCCAAAAAUGAAUGUUAUAAUAUAUGAAUAUGCACAAACUUGUGUGAUUGAACACCUGUUUAUUUUGCAUAAU